GGUGGCGUGGGGUGGUGGAAUUACGUGGCUGUGGGUCAAGGAACAACAGAGACUGUGCAGACAGCAAAGAUGAUACCCUAGAUGAGCCCUUAUGCCAGAACGUAACAUUAGCUCCGAGCUUAUAUUACUGGUCUCUUUGAAUGGUGAAGGGUCUUUUAGUAGACUUUGUAAAACAGGGCUACAACUGAAGUCAUCUAUUUAUAGGACAAAGCAGCUUGUUUUAACUUGUAGAGGGGCAAUUUUCUUUAUUUUUUGGUAGUAAACUUGGUGGUAAGUAUGUUUGCAAAAGUCAAGGCUCUUCACAGAGGAAGUAACCAUGAUGUUGUUUUCUCCGUCUCUGCAAGGAAAAGGGCGGCGGACCUUGAGCUCCCCGCCCAGCGGCGGAUGACAGGGGCGCGGGAGAAGGGUCGUCGACCAGCGAUGCGUGGGCCGGCCUUCAUGUUCAACGACCACACCACCAGCAUGACCGCCGAGGAGGAGCGCUUUCUGGAUGCCGCCGAGUAUGGCAACAUCCCUGUGGUCCGCAAGAUGCUGGAGGAGUCCACCACGCUCAAUGUCAACUGUGUGGACUACAUGGGCCAGAACGCAUUGCAGCUUGCGGUGGGCAACGAGCAUCUGGAGGUGAUGGAACUGCUCUUGCGGAGGGACAACCUGGCACGCAUCGGUGACGCCUUACUCCUGGCUAUCUCAAAAGGGUAUGUUAGGAUCGUGGAAGCCAUCUUGGCCCAUCCAUCCUUCCAAGCCAGUGAGCGGCUGACGCGGAGUCCGUGUGAGCUGCAGGACGAUGACUUCUACUCGUAUGACGAGGAUGGCACACGCUUCUCGCCCGACAUCACCCCCAUCAUUCUGGCUGCACACUGCCAGAAGUACGAGGUGGUACACAUGCUGCUGUUGAAGGGCGCUCGCAUUGAGCGGCCACAUGACUACUUUUGCAAGUGUCCAGAAUGCACCGAGAAACAGGGCAAAGACGCUUUCAGCCACUCACGUUUGCGCAUCAAUGCCUACCGGGGCCUGGCUAGCCCGGCGUACCUUUCGCUGUCUAGCGAGGACCCGGUGCUCACCGCGCUGGAGCUCAGCAAUGAACUGACCAAGUUGGCCAACAUCGAGAAGGAGUUCAAGGAUAAAAAGAGCCAUAAAAAAGAGACCAUGCAGCACAAUUGCUUCUCCCUGAAUGACUAUCGCAAGCUGUCUAUGCAGUGUAAGGACUUUGUAGUGGGAGUGCUUGACCUCUGUCGGGACACGGAGGAAGUGGAAGCCAUUUUGAAUGGAGAUGUUACUGCUGAGAAGGAGGCGGGGAAGGGCCUUCGCUCUCUCCUGAGCAGGGUCAAACUGGCCAUCAAGUACGAGGUGAAAAAGUUUGUGGCCCACCCCAACUGCCAGCAGCAGCUGCUGACGAUCUGGUAUGAGAACCUGUCGGGCCUGAGGGAGCAGACCAUCGCUGUGAAGUGCCUGGUGGUGGUGGCGGUGGCUUUUGGUCUGCCCCUACUGGCCAUGGGCUACUGGUUCGCUCCCUGCAGUCGGCUGGGAAAUGUCCUGCGCAGCCCCUUCAUGAAGUUUGUGGCCCAUGCCGCCUCCUUCAUCAUCUUCCUGUGCCUGCUGUUGUUCAACGCAUCAGACCGCUUCCAGGGCAUCAGCACCAUGCCAAACGUGACCGUCACUGACCACCCCAUGCAGAUCUACCGGGUCAAGACCACCGAAUUCAGCUGGACCGAGAUGCUCAUCAUGGUCUGGGUCACAGGGAUGAUGUGGUCAGAAUGUAAGGAGCUGUGGACCGAGGGGCCCAGGGAGUACAUGCAGCAGCUGUGGAACGUUCUGGACUUCGGCAUGCUUUCCAUCUUCAUUGCCGCUUUCACCGCUCGGUUCUUUGCCUUCCUCCAGGCCACCAGAGCCCAGCAGUACGUCAACGAAAAGAUCCACACCACCGACCUUUCCCUAGUGACCCUACCCCCGGAGGUCAAAUACUUUACCUACGCAAGGGACAAGUGGCUGCCGUCGGACCCCCAGCUGAUCUCAGAAGGGCUGUACGCCAUCGCUGUGGUGCUGAGCUUCACACGCAUCGCUUACAUUCUGCCGGCUAAUGAGAGCUUUGGACCACUCCAGAUCUCCCUGGGCCGCACGGUCAAAGACAUCUUCAAGUUCAUGGUCCUAUUCAUCAUGGUCUUCCUGGCGUUCAUGAUCGGCAUGUUCAUCCUCUAUUCUUACUACUUGGGUGCCAAGGUCAACCCGGCCUUCACCACGGUGGAGGAGAGCUUCAAGACUCUGUUCUGGUCUAUAUUUGGACUGUCCGAGGUGUCCUCUGUGGUGCUCAAGUACAACCACAAGUUCAUCGAGAACAUCGGCUAUGUGCUCUAUGGAAUCUACAACGUGACCAUGGUGGUGGUGUUGCUCAACAUGCUGAUCGCCAUGAUCAACAGCUCCUAUCAAGAAAUCGAGGACGAUGCGGACGUGGAGUGGAAGUUUGCACGCUCCAAGCUAUGGCUGUCAUACUUUGACAACGGCAAGACACUGCCUCCUCCCUUCAGCAUCGUUCCCACUCCCAAGUCCUUCUACCACCACAUCAGGUGGAUAGUCGGCAUGCUGCAUUGCCGACAAAGGAGUGUGAAGAAGGAUCUAGAGCUGGGGUUGGACAGUUCAAAGUCCAGGCUCAAUCUCUUCACCCAGUCCAACCUACGCAUUGCAGAGUCCCACAGCAUUCUGAACCAACCCACUUGCUAUCAGCAAAUCAUGAAGCGACUCAUCAAACGCUACGUUUUGAAAGCACAAGUGGACAAAGAAAAUGACGAGGUCAAUGAAGGUGAACUGAAAGAAAUCAAGCAGGACAUCUCCAGUUUACGUUACGAACUCCUGGAAGACAAGUCUCAGGCUACAGAGGAGCUGUCCUUGCUUAUCCAGAAACUGAGUGAUAAACUGAACCUAGGCCCUACUACACGCUUGCCCUACAAGUGACCCACUCCCCCGCCAACCCACAGUUCAAGAGAUGCAAGAGGGAAGAGUAUAUCAAAGCAGCCAACAUCCCAGCAUUUCCCCACAAACUCCACAGUAACCCAUUGGCCAGGUUGUUUUGUAAAUGAUAAUGUGCUAUUUUGCACGAAGGUAGUUUAAACAGACAAAAUCAGCACAAGGAAAUAGCAAAAAGGAUUGCCUCACUCUUCUGUUGUAGGGAGAGGCUGCCCUUAGAUGUUAAGAUUGGGGGAGCGGAAGCUGAUCCUAGAUCUGUAUCUAGAGGAAACUUCACCUGAAAGCCACAAUUUUCCAUUAUGACAAAGAUAGUGUUAGAGAUUUUUCAGAUUAAUAUUAAAUAUUGGCGGGGGUUCUAAGCUGACAUAUGGAAUUGUUUUAAGAUGGUCAUACUAUGGAUCAUUUAGCUAUUUGAAUUAGAACUUUUGAACCCCUUUAGGUAUCCCCAAAAAAUGAUUAGAUAAAAUAUUGAAUUUGGCCUUUACUACUAUAGUCCAGAGAAACACAUUGAAUAACACAUUCAAACAGUCAACAAAUAAAUCAUGAGAAACAAGAUUGAAGUGUUUGUUCUAUAUCUAGGAGAUAUAAGAAAGCUCAUGGAAUAUAUAUUUUUUACACAUAUUUAACCACUUUUUUGGGUAGGCAGAAAACUACCUUCAUGCUUCAAUUUUUUUUGUAAAACCGGUACCGGUUGCCUUCAGACAAAUCCCGUGACACUUGUGGGGGACAUAGAGCAAAACGAAGAACAUCAUGUUCGUGAGAAUCUCUUCUUUCCACACUGGGGUCAUAUAAAUUCGUAGCACCGAACAGUUCGGGCGGCUACAAACAGAAGUUGUCACGUCGACGGUACCAACUUCAGACGAGUCCCCUGACACUUGUUGGGGUCGUAGAGCAAAACGGACACCACCGUUGUGUUCGUGAGAGUCUCCCCUUUCCAUAGAGUGAUAGGCAAUCCACCUACAGACGUUUUCAUGAGAUCACCAAUUUUCAGGGCGUCUCACCGCUCUUGCUCUGCCACCUUUCACCGCAGAUGCGGAAGUGAGACAUCGGCAGAUGAGGUGUAUUGAGAUGCGUCCAAUGCAAAGAAGCAGAUACAGUAUUUUAUGCAACAAAUAGUGCUAUAGUCUCUGUUAAGACAUAUACACUUAUGGCCAGGGCUAUCAAACUCAUGCUAUGGCCCGGGGUCUGCUGGUUUUUGCUUAUGCUUUUCAAUUAAGACCGAAACAACCAGGUGAGGGGAGUUCCUUACUAGUCAGUGACCUUAGUUAAUUAAUCCAGUACAACGGAGUAGCGAAAACCCGCAGCCCCUCAGCCCUCUGUGGAACGUGUUUGACACGUGCCUUAGACAAUGGUUGUGUAAUACUGGUUUCAUCCGUUUCUUUCUCUCGUUAGAGAUUUUGAACCAAACAGUAGGUUUAUCUGCCAAGAAUUUCCCUCAGAAAUAAAAAAUAAUCAGUCAUUGAUUAAUGUCAUUGUGAUGUUUUUUUGCCCCCCCCCCCUCGAAAUCCAUCUAGUUGCAAAGGCACCUUUAUUUUCUACAUAAACACUGGUCUAUUUGGUCUUAGUGCUUUGGCUAUUUUGCAGGAUUCUAGAAAUGUUAUGUUUUAGAAGUGUCCAGCUCUGGUCCUGGAGUGUGUAAAAUGUGAAUACAGCCAACAGUAUAGGGGAAUAACUUAUAGCCUGUAACACCUUCAUAAGCUCGACAUUAAGAUUCAGAAAUGCCUAUUUCAACAGCCACAGGGUGCUCAUGUAAAUAUAAACAUAUAAAUAUCAUAUAAAUAGAACUGGUAUAAUGGGCUUGAAACCCACAGCCUUUUGACUGGUAAACUCAUUAGUGCACUUAAGGCCUAAUUGAACUGCAUGGUGGACGAUCAUUCUAUUCAUUCUAAUUCUAUGGAUGUAACAGCCAUCUGACAUUAUUGUUACGAUAUACAGCAGUUGACAUUCCAUCUUAGUUGGGACUUGCUUGAGCAUUUCUCUCAGGUCAAAUGUUACAAAUUCUAUAUAUAACAUGCCUCUUGCAGUAUAUUCUAUGCUAUAACACAUACUUAUAUGUGGGUCUCCUUAUUCCGUUUAAAAUUCCUUGUACUGCAAAUGUCAAAUACACCAUACAAGGCUAUGUCGAAUACAUUGCCACUUUAUUGAUCAAGGUCCUUGUGUGGGUCAACCUAUUUUCUCUGUGUAGAGUAGCCCUGGUGUAAAAUUGUGGAUAGAAAGUGGAUAUUGCCUCUCCGGGGCCAGGGUUGGUUAAGCAUUUAUUGGUAUGGUAAAUAUCUUUAGAUUUCCUUAAUAACCUAUGCAGGAUAUUUCAUUCCCUUUGUCCGAUUUUUUGUCCAUUUUGUAAUUAUACUAGGGAACAGAAACAUGCAUUUGAAUCCAUAUUGUAUUUGAUAGAAAUCCUUUCCUUAGGAUGUUUUUAGACACUGUAAAGAAAGAGUUAGAAAAAACAAUAACUGUAGCAUUUCAGUUACAGUGGGGCAAAAAAAGUAUUUAGUCAGCCACCAAAUUGUGCAUGUUCUCCCACUUAAAAAGAUGA